GCGGUUCGCGUUUGUACCAAAGGCGCUGCUUACAAAUGUAAAUAUGGAAAUGUGAGGGACGGAACUUACACUAGAGUGUAGAUCAGAUCGGAUGAAAGCUAUCAAAAGUAGCCAUGCCUUGUGCCCGUCCAAUUAAUCUGGGAUGAAUCGGCGUCCUUUUCCUGUUUAUUUCUACUGCGUGCAUAUGCUCGCUGCAUGUUUUUCAAGGCGAUUUUAAACAUUGAUGUUCUUUGUUUUUGUUCAGUACUUCUACCGACGCAUUUGCCAGAACUCCAUUACUUUGAUAAUGUCUGAUAGGUAGUCUGUGAUAAAUGCUCUUAAAAAUUUCCUCUUAUCACAAGAUUCACCAUGGAGGACUACAAAUUUCUUUUCAAAGUUGUCCUAGUUGGGAAUUCCGGUGUAGGAAAGACCUGCCUAGUGAGGCGGUUUACCCAGGGCCUUUUUCCUCCUGGUCAAGGAGCUACAAUUGGGGUGGAUUUCAUGAUAAAAACAGUUGAAAUUGAUGGCGAAAAAGUGAAGUUGCAAAUAUGGGACACUGCUGGUCAAGAGCGAUUCCGAUCUAUUACACAGAGCUAUUACCGCUCGGCUCAUGCAUUAAUUUUAGUGUAUGACAUAAGCUGUCAACCAACAUUUGACUGCCUCCCUGAUUGGCUCAGAGAAAUUGAAGAAUAUGCAAGCAAUAAGGUGCUAAGGAUACUUGUUGGUAACAAAAUGGAUAGAGAAGAUCGAGAAAUUCCAAUUCAUGUAGGGGAAGGUUUUGCCCAGAGACAUGAUAUGUACUUUUUAGAAACUUCUGCUAAAGAAGCUGAAAAUGUUGAAAAGCUAUUCAUGGAAAUAGCUGCAGAACUCAUGGAACAAGCAAGAAGUAAGGAGCUUCCUCGAUAUGAUACUAUUUCACCCACUAUUAAUGGUAGAACUACAUCAAUUGGGGACAACAGUUGCUGUAGCAAGAUUUCAUAAAUGUUGGUUUAAGUUAGUUUUUAUUUGCACCAGACAUCCUUAUCUGUUAGGAAAUUAUUGUUAUUGAUGCAAAUAGCUCAUUAACUCAUCAAGUCUGAAUUUCUUCAUCUGUAAUUUUACCACAUUUUUAAUUUUUAAUUUUUGUUGUAACAUGUCCACAUGAAUGGAUGCAUUUGGGGCGUGACAAGGUUUUUAACCUGAUUCUUUGUUGUCUUUGGGAGAAACCAUCCUGGAAGGUGCUUGUGCUUAGGUUUUGGGGUCAGAAAUGUACCUUUUUAGAAACUACCAACGCUAAUUUAAAAUUUUGACUCAGUUGGUGCACAAUGCUGUCUUAUUUUUUAAUUAAUUUUAACUCUGGCUGAAUGCACCUUCACACAUAGCUUGUUCAUGUUGCUUUCAAAGUAACAAAGAGGCAAGAAACGAAAUUGGUUCUUUUCAUUUCUUAAUAACUUUUUGACAUUUUAAAAUAAAUACUCAACUAAUUGUGAUGCUUUUAAAAAGGCAAGGCAAUUACCACACUUGAAUGUGUAAGGUCUUUGUGAUAAGAUACUCCUAAAGUAUGAUAUGAAUUUAGUGGUAGAUGCUUGCUGUUGAUUCAGAUGGGAUCUGGACAUUUUCUUUAAAACAGAUUUAUAAGUAACUGUACUGAAAAUUUCAUAUGCGCCUCUAAAAUCCCAGUACUUAUACUUUAUUAAGUGUUGUAAGUACUGUGUUAUUGCAGUGCUUCUGCUGUCCCCUGUUGUUUUUCCAUUCUGAGGAAGCUGUAUCCUUUUAAAUUCUUUGUAUUCUCAUGUGAUAUGUAUGCUGUGUAAGAUACCUAAGACUUGGGUGAUUUUGGAUCUAAGAAGUCAUUCAGCACCAGUUUCAUGACAUUUAGAACUUUUGAAUCCCUACUGACGGGCUUCUCAGGUAGUGUUUUCAAAACCACCCUAGCUUUGGGCAAAUCACAAUUUGCAUAAAGUGACAUUUUAUUUUUAUCGGUGUAGACUGAAGCAUGACAUAAAGUUUGAACGGUCUUUGGGGGUUUCAGAUUCAAUCCUAUCAAGAAAUAGAACAAAGGCUGAACUGUAGUUGAUACUUUUCACUGCAUGGUCACAACAGUAUUUAAGUUUUUUCAGUCGCAACAACACCACAGUCUUUAGAAAAAUGGACGGCAUCCUUCAGAAAGGAUGGAUCCUAAGAAUAUUUGAUCCGUAGCACGGAUGCUCCUAUUUUUUCAUCUUCCUCAGAAUAAGAUUGAUGCUUCUUUCAUCUGUGAUGUGUUUUUGCAUUCCAUAUUCUUUUUCCAGUUAUCCUGGCUAUCAAGAUUAUAUUACCUUUUCAUUUUGCAUCUCCAUGUUACUUUGUUUUCCCUUCCAAAAACUUUUGUUAAACUUUGAUGAUUCUGUUUAAGUAUUAAUUUGUUAUUUGAUUUUGUGACAACUGUCAUGGUUUUUGUAAUACAUGUAGCUUGUCAGCUUGUUAUGUAAAUAAUUUAUUCAUGUUUCAAAAUUUAAA